ACUGCGGGUGGGGGUUGGGGGAUUCCUCUUCCUGCACUUCCCACUCCCCCCUUGCACACCCCAAGGCGUCCCGGGUGCCUUGUCUUCGACUCUUCCCCUCCCCCUCGGGUUUGAGAUGGGUGGGCGGCUUUGCGUGGGCCGAGGAUUUCAGGGUUUGGGGGGCUCCCCGGUUCUAGGUCAUGCCUGCUGCCCUCUUCCUUGGCCUGCGUUGGCUGAGGUGUUCCUGUGGUGGGCGAAAGUCAGUACAUUGGCUACUGGCCUUGGUCCUUAACCCUUUGGGUCUGUUUUAAGAUUCAUUAAAAGAAGAAUGAACAGUAAUCCUUGAAGAUAACUGGCCAGUUUUUCUUUAGGUAUCAUUUUUAACUGUAGAAGUUCAAGUGGAGUGAGAGGCUCUUGCUGGUGUGAGGAUUUAUUCAAGUCUUCAGGUUGUCGACACAGACCAACAGAUCAUUGUUUUUAGAGAAGAAUUUUUUUUCUUUUUUUGGUGUCCUUGGUGCCAAAAAUUAAAUUUGGGUGCAUCAUUUUGACUUGUGUUUGUGUCUAGGUUUUAUGAUACAGUAAUCACAUAAACUUUUCAUGUGUUUUGCUUAAAACCAAACCAAACCAUUGCAUUGAACCUGGACAUCUUGAAUUGAGAGGAUUGGUAACUUUAUUUUAAUACGUAUAUCCGAAGAAUUAAAAAAGAAAAAAAAAAACUUCCUCAGAGGUGUGCCUCUUCAAAUCAUAUUCUUUAUUAUUAAAGACAAAACAAGGAAUUUUUAGCAUUUGUAGUGAAAUUAUACUAGAGUAUAAGCAGAACCAAAACAAAGUUGCAAAAUCUAUUCAUUAGGGAGAUCUCUCUUUGGAAAUUUAAAUUUUCUAUGAGAGUAAAUUACCAUAAGUAUUGGUGUAUAUCGCUUUUCUCUCUUCAAAUAAGCAACUAAAUAACAAUGCAAAUCUCAGACUUACUUAUUUAACCGUAGUUUUUAGCAAUGGAAAACCUACAGACAAAUUUCCCCUUGGUUCAGGGUUCCAAUAAAAAACUGAAUGGGAUGGGAGAUGAUGGCAGCCCUCCAGUGAAAAAAAUGAUGACAGACAUUCAUGCAAAUGGAAGAAUGAUGAUCAACAAGAUGCCAACAGUAAAGAAGGAACACUUGGAUGACUAUGAAGCGCCCAUGGAAACUAAUGGAGAGCAUGUCAAGCGAACCUGUGCCUCCGUGCCUGAACCUUUGCAUUUAAAUCCCAGUUUGAAACACACUUUGGCACAAUUCCACUUAAGUAGUCAGAGCUCUCUGGGUGGACCAGCAGCAUUCUCCGCUCGGUAUUCCCAAGAAAGCAUGUCACCUACUGUAUUUCUGCCUCUUCCAUCUCCUCAGGUUCUUCCUGGUCCACUACUCAUCCCUUCUGAUAGCUCCACAGAACUCACCCAGACUGUAUUGGAAGGGGAGUCUAUUUCGUGUUUUCAGGUUGGAGGAGAAAAGAGACUCUGUUUGCCCCAAGUCUUAAAUUCUGUUCUCCGUGAAUUUUCACUCCAGCAAAUAAAUACAGUGUGUGACGAGUUGUACAUCUAUUGUUCAAGGUGUACUUCAGACCAGCUUCAUAUCUUAAAGGUCCUAGGAAUACUCCCAUUCAAUGCCCCAUCCUGUGGGCUGAUCACAUUAACUGAUGCACAAAGACUAUGUAAUGCUUUAUUGCGGCCACGUACUUUUCCUCAAAAUGGCAGCAUAUUGCCUGCUAAAAACUCAUUGGCCCAGUUAAAGGAAACUGGCAGUGCCUUUGAAGUGGAACAUGAAUGCUUGGGCAAAUGUCAGGGUCUGUUUGCACCCCAGUUUUAUGUUCAGCCUGAUGCUCCGUGUAUUCAGUGUCUGGAGUGCUGUGGAAUGUUUGCGCCCCAGACAUUUGUGAUGCAUUCUCACAGAUCACCUGACAAAAGGACUUGCCACUGGGGCUUUGAAUCAGCCAAGUGGCAUUGCUAUCUUCAUGUGAACCAAAAAUACCUAGGGACACCUGAGGAAAAGAAACUGAAGAUAAUUUUAGAAGAAAUGAAGGAGAAAUUUAGCAUAAGAAAUGGAAAGAGAACGCAAUCCAAGAUAGAUACACCAUCAGGAAUGGAAUUACCAUCAUGGUAUCCUGUUAUAAAGCAAGAAGGUGACCAUGUUUCUCAGACACAUUCAUUUUUACACCCCAGUUACUGCUUAUACAUGUGUGAUAAAGUGGUUGCUCCAAAUGUGUCGCUUACUUCUGCUAUAUCCCAGUCUAAAGAGGUCACAAAGAUAGAGGCGAGUAGAUCUGUACCAAGACAGUCAGAGAAGCCUCACAGUGGUGGGAAACAUCAAAAAACAGUGUCUUAUCCAGAUGUCUCACUGGAGGAACAGGAGAAAAUGGAUUUAAAAACAAGUAGAGAAUUAUGUGGCCAUUUAGAUCCAUCAGUCUCAAAUAAUUCUACAAGUAAAAAGAAACCUGAGUCUACCACUUGCAACUUAGUCCGAGACACAAGCAAGGCGGGAAUUGACCAUGAUGCUCUAGCUUCAUCUUCACUUCUUGUCAAAGAUGUCAUUUGUGAGGAUGAUAAGGGAAAAAUCAUGGAAGAAGUAAUGAGAACUUACGUAAAACAACAGGAGAAACUGAACUCAAUUUUGCAGAAGAAGCAACAACUUCAGAUGGAAGUUGAAAUGUUGAAUAGUUCAAAAGCUAUGAAGGAACUCACUGAAGAACAGCAGAAUUUACAGAAAGAGCUCGAAUCUUUGCAGAAUGAACAUGCUCAAAGAAUGGAAGAAUUUUAUGUUGAACAGAAAGACUUAGAGAAAAAAUUAGAGCAGGUAAUGAAGCAAAAAUGUACCUGUGACUCAAAUUUAGAAAAAGACAAAGAGGCUGAAUAUGCAGCACAGUUGGCAGAACUGAGACAGAGAUUGGACCAUGCUGAGACUGAUAGGCAAGAACUCCAAGAUGAACUCAGACAGGAGCGAGAGGCAAGACAGAAGUUGGAGAUGAUGAUCAAAGAGCUAAAGCAGCAAAUUGUGAAAUCAUCAAAGACGGCUAAAGAAUAGAAACCUUUAAAGAGAUUCAUCUGUGUAUUCCCAACAGGGUUUAUUUUUGUUUGUUUGUUUGCUUUGGUAGUUGAAUUCUGAACAAGUUAUCUGCAUGAAGAUUACUUAGCAUUCUAUCCAUUUGUAGAUCAGAGAAAGUGAAGAGAUUAUAUAUUAGUACAUAAAUUUUUACAUUUUUCCAAAUGAAUGAAAAUGUAUGUUUCUUUGUACUUUUUUUUCAACCAGCUUAGUAACAGUACUAUAUGGUUUCAGCUAUUAGAUAAUCUGCCUAUAUUUCUAAUACAAAUUUAGCAGUCGUAUACUUUUUAAAAGCUGCGUUAUGUGAUGGAAAAUAGUUGUGACCAGUUUUGUUAUCCGUAUCUCAUACUCAAUUUUAGAUACAGUAGUAACUUCAUGUUUCAGAUAUAUAGAGCUAUUCAAGGAGUUGAAUCUCCAUUUUUUUCAUUAACAUAAUCUCCUUUCUAAGUUGAUAUAGUAUGCUCAUUAUUAUAUACAAAAUUUGCUUUUAUUUUGUUCCUAUUGUGGAAUGAAUUUUCAUCAGUUCUCUUUAGUGUCUCCUAAAAGACGUUUUGUCAGAAGAGGAAUUUCACUGACGAGGUUACAGCACACCCCAUGGGCAUAGUGGGGAAGGAUAACGUGUUUUGUUAUACACUGCUGCUAAACACAAGAAGCAGUUGUAAUUUGUUUUUUGGUUUAAAUGUGGUUAUAGUUAGAAAAAUUUUUUUAUGUAGCAACUUCAGAAGAGGAAAUAAAAUGGAAUAAUUUUUGAACUUUUGUUUAUGUUGUUAAUAGUGGUGAGAAAACAUUAAUGUUCUUGAGGAAAACUGAUAACCAUUGAUGUACAUCAGUUUCUAUACAAUCCAUAAUCCUCCUGUACAGUUUUUAUAUGUAGUUAUGGGUCUUACUGAAAUUUAUAUAAUGGAUUUGUUUUCCUUAAUGGAUUUGUUUUCCUUUAAAUUGUAAAAUAUUAAACACCUUGAAGGUUAUUUUGGACUUUUGUAUGUUUAAAUGUUAAGUCUUACCAAAUUUGCACGGAUGGACCAUUUUCAAUUACUACUUAAUAUCAAAAUCAGGUAUUUACAGUCAACUGAUAGUGUAUGAUAGGUUAAUUUAGGGAAGUUUAGUUAUCUGCUACUAAAAGUUUUUAGAUAAUUUUUAGAAGUCAAAGGAAUUCCAUAGUUUGGGGUAGGGGCAACAUCUUCUGCACUUUUUUUUUUUUUUUUUGCACAGAAAAGUCUAUCAUUCUUUAAUGGCAAAUUUCAUAUUAGUUAAUUCUUGGCUUAAAAGAUGUUAGGUAAAAUUUCCAGUGUGCAUUUUUUAAAGGAAGUUUUCUGAAGCUACCAUUAAUUGACAUUAUUAUCCCAUGAAUUUUAUGUCUAUGUUCUCACAUAAGGGACUGUAUGAAAUUAGUUGAGAGCUAAAUUUAUAUUUAAAAUAACUCAGCUACCGUUAAGGUUAUAGUCCCAGCAUAGAUGAUAGAAACUUGAAUGGUAUAGAACUUCAAAAAUCAGUGAGUUAUCUAUCAUUUAGCCAGUUAUUUCCAUAUUUUGCUUAAUGGUACUUACAUGUCCUAAAAGAAUUUUUGUACUUCACAAAGUAUAGUUUCUUUGCUAGGGUGUGAUCUAAAUGUGUGUUUUCUAUUUUUCAUUUAAAUGUUACUGUAUUAACCCUAAAAUUUAAUUUGUUGAUUCUUGGAAUCUCCUUAAGGAGGAACAAAUGUUAAAAAUAACAUACCCUCCUAAUACCUUUUAUUUAGAUCCAGAGAAAGAAGAAUCACAAAGACAUUUUAUGAUUGAUACAGUUUCAUUUUAGUUGUGAAUUAGUUGUGUUACAGCUAAGCUUUUUGGGAGACAAACUCAAGCCACUAUAAUUUCACUUAUUUUUCUCAUUCACUCAAAAUCUUUCUACUUAUGUUAUGCAGUGAAUGGUAAGCCAAGUUCAACCCAAAACUUCUAAAAUAAAUUGCUUAAACUUUGAAAUAUGUUAUUUUAAGAUUUUAAGCAGUUCUUAAACACCUUUAAAUUAUCAUAAACUCUUAAUUUAGAAUUGAGUAAAGGAAUAUUUUUUCUAGUCCUUCACGUAAGGAAAACUUGCGACGUGAAAUUGUAGUCUUCAUUUUCCAGAAGAUACGUUGAUGUGCCAUAGGUUUCUGUCUAACUUCCUUGGAAAUAGUCUUUUAGUCCAUUGUAAAUAUUAUACCUAUUCUAGCUGAAAGUAAUUUUAAGUUAAACUGCACCACAUAGCUUGAAAAUAUAGAGAUUUUGUAUACUUUAAAAGUGACCUCUGCUAAAAAAGCUUAUCCAUAUAAACUUAUUCUAUUCUUUGCAUGCUCAUUUUGAGUGUUGGUUGCUAGCUUAAAGUUUGUUUUGGUGUUAGUUUUUGUGUGCCAAUUCAUUAGGCAAGGAGAUUUUUCCUCAGACUUUGUAAUAUUAUUCUUUUUAGAAAAAAUAUAAAAAUAUUUACUUUAAAAAGCUGCAUAAAAGGAACAGCCUAUGAAAAGUGCUAGAGCAUCUUUAGAAGGAAGAAAAGAUAGAAUGUUAGCUUACUGGGUGAUGGGUGAUGCUUAAUUUGGGUGAUGAUGGUUUCUAUACUCUAAACUUGGUGAGAAAAAGGUACCAAAUCUGUCAAGGUAGUAGAUGUAAAACCUGCUGUCAUUGAGGAAGCUCUGAACCACCCUGAUUUCACAGUUGCAACUUAUAACACUGUGAAGGGAUGUGACCAACAGCGUAAGUUUGGCUUGUGUUUUAGUUUUGUAAAGCAUAUUUUUUUGCUUGAAUUUCUGUGUCCAUGAGAGUUAGGAUGUUUUAUGCUUCUUGAACUAAUUUUAUAACAUAUUUAAUAUAUUACCAGUUGAGAUAUAAAAUCAUUUGUACAUAAUUGAAUUAAAAACCAGUUACUAAAUAGGUGAAAUAGACUGAGUACAAUGAUAUUUACAGGUUAGCCAUAUGUUUUGGAAGUCAUGACAGAAUAAUUUAUUUGCACAUCUAUGACUUCUGUUUGAAGGAAAGUAAAAUAAGGAAACUCCAGUAAUAGGAAACAUGCUCAAGGUAUUUCCCUAAAAUUAAUGGUAAAGCUGGUGCUGAAGGUUUUUGAUCAGCUUCUAAAAUUUUCUUCUCAAUGACUUACGUUUUGAUUGCUUAGGGAAGAAUCCACAUUUUUAUUUGCUCUAUGCAUUUAAUCCUCACGACAGGACGUUAAAAAUUACUAUAGUGAAAAAUUGUGCUCAUACUGUACAUCUAUUUCUGUGCUUGGAACUACUUGUUAAUAGUUUUUAUUGGAGCUGUCAGCAAUAAGGGACACAUUACUGCUGUAUUAUACAUUGCGGGGUUGAAUAAUUUAAACAGAGCUUAAAUUUUUUUCUAGUAUAGGAUACUUCAGCAUUUCCAUUAUUGGAAGAAAUUUGUAUGGGUAUUCUAUAUUGCAUCUUGUUUAAAAGGACAGUGUUUUUUUUUUGUAAAAUCUUUCCAUUUUAAAUGGCUUCUAAACUACAUAAUGCAAUUUGGAGCCUGUUUCUUUAGUAAUAGAAUUAAGCGUCUUAUAUAGUGCUACUGUUUUUAAAUUACAAAGCGAUCAAAUGUAAAAACUGAAAUUUAAAAAUUAAGCCCAGAAAACAAAAUAGUGUAUUUAGUUGAAUGUAAAAGGAAUUUAUAAGAUUUUUUCUUCAAUAGAGAUACCUCACUUGAAAAUAAAGCACAGCGUACUUAAAGUAGUUCUAGAAAAAAAAAUCCUACAAAAAGAAUUGCUAAAUCUAGGACAACUUUUGGGAAAUUAUAGAUUGGGAGAAAUAAAAUAGACUUGCUUUUAACCAUCCUGUGAGAAGUAUUUGUUUAUCCCGAUAAUUUUAAGCCAACACAAUAGUCUUAAAUUAUUUCUGAAUUUCCAAUCUGUGAAGGCAGUAAAUAUCUGUUCUGCAACUGUUGAAAUUGUUGACUACAUUGACCAUAAUUCAAUUUAAAAUUUUGCCAAUGAUGUACAGUUUUAUGGUUAAAAUUGCUGUGGUUGGUUGCAUUACAUGACACACAAAACUGUCCUCUACCUCACGUGAAAUAAAUAUUUUAUAUGGUUUUACUAUAAAACAAGACUCAUCUAUCUGGUCACUUAGUUUACAAAUUUUGAAUUAUAUUUAUUGAAAUAUGACAUACUGUGCUCUUAGCUUAUACCUCAAUUGUAUUUUGUGCUGUUUUCCAUUUUCAUGCCUUGUAAAUAACUUGUAUAGGUUGUGGAUUAAAUUCCAAAUAAAAACUUUUAAUGCCA